CAGAGCCUCACAUGUUGAAAUAUAACCGUCCGUUACCUCCCUAAUCUACAAUUCAACAGACUGGAGAUAAACAUCUCAUCUGGUUCACUUCUCCUGAACUCUGCAAACGACAAUAAACAAGUGUUUACAAUGAAUCAGGAAACACUCUCCCUCCAACCCUCCUCCCCCCUACCCUCCUCCCCCCUACCCCUCCCGGAGUCCCCGGGUCGUACCUCUCCUGGUAUCACCUUACUGCUGGGUCUGAAGAGGCUGUCUGUGCUGCUGGUCGACUGCAGGAAAACACCGGUGCUCGGGGACAGUCCGAACCGUCGCUCUCUCAGUAGAAGGGGCUUGUCAUCUGGGGAGGCUAAACAACAUCAUGAUAAUGAGGAGGCAGAGAAAAGUCUCUCAAGAUCAGAACACCAAGAGAAACAACAGCAGAGACCCUCAAGGAAGAAAUCUCACUGCUGCUCUGACUGUGGGAAGAGGUUUACCUCUUCAGCAAACCUUAGACAACACCAGAGAAUUCAUACUGGAGAGAAACCUUAUAGCUGUGAUCAAUGUGGGAAGAGAUUCAAUCAGAGAUUCAAUCUGAAGUCACACCAGAUCAUACACUCAGUAGAAAAACCUCACUGCUGCUCCCAGUGUGGAGCUAGCCUCUCCUCUGCCAGGGCACUGGAAGGACACAUGCGGAUUCACACUGGAGAGAAACCGUACCAGUGCUCAGAAUGUGGGCAGAGAUUUACAUACUCCAGUGGUUUACGGAUACACGAGAGAAUAAAACACACCGGCGAAAAACCACACUGUUGCUCUGACUGCGGGAAGAGAUUUGCUACAUCACAAAGCUUAAAAGCUCACUGGCGGAUUCACACUGGAGAGAGACCGUUCCACUGCUCUGAGUGUGGGAAGAGUUUCAAACAAGCCUCAACACUCUUUGAACACAAACGAAUACACACAGGAGAAAAGCCUCACCACUGUGAGCUGUGCGGGGGAAGCUAUUCCUCUUCUAAAUUACUCAGACUACACCAGAGGAUUCACACAGGGGAGAAACCUUACCAUUGUGCUGACUGUGGUAAAAGCUUCAGACUGAUUUGUAUUUUAAGAUGUCACCAGCUAAGACAUACUGGUGAGAAGCCCCACCAAUGUACUGAGUGUGGGAUGAGGUUUGCUGUUAAGAGUGGGCUCUGGUCACAUAACAUUGUGCACACUGGAGAGAAAGGAUACCAAUGCCCACAGUGCGGUAAGAAGCUUGGAUCAUCUAAUUCUCUAGAACAGCAUAAGCGAACACACACUGGACAGAAACCCUUCCACUGUUCCCACUGUAAAUUAAGCUUUGCCACUAAUUCAGCCCUGUACAAACACCAGAGAAUUCACACAGGUGAGAAACCACACAGCUGCAAUGUUUGCCAGAGGAGAUUUGGACGGUCCGAUCACCUGAAAAUUCACAUGCAAAUUCACACAGGAGAAAAGCCAUACCACUGCUCUAAGUGCGAGCUGAGUUUCACUAACAACAGAUCUCUGAAAGAACAUGAGGUCAGACACACAGAAGAUAAACCUCACUGCUGCUCCCAGUGCGGUGCUAGUCUCUCCUCUGCCAGGGCACUGGAAGGACACAUGCGGAUUCACACUGGAGAGAAACCGUACGAGUGCUCUGAAUGUGGGCAGAAGUUUGCACAUAGAGCCGAUCUUGGGACACACCGAAGAAUACACACAGGAGAGAAACCCUAUCACUGCUCUGACUGCAAGAAGAGCUUUUCAAGACUUUACUCUUUCAAAAAGCACAAGUUCACACAUUCAGAGAAGAUAAUGCUGUAAUCUACACCCUGAUUAGCCUGAUAUAAUGCUGUAAUCUACACCCUGAUUAGCCUGAUAUAAUGCUGUAAUCUACACCCUGAUUAGCCUGAUAUAAUGCUGUAAUCUACACCCCGAUUAGCCUGAUAUAAUGCUGUAAUCUACACCCCGAUUAGCCUGAUAUAAUGCUGUAAUCUACACCCCAAUUAGCCUGAUAUAAUGCUGUAAUCUACACCUUUAUUAGCCUGAUAUAAUGCUGUAAUCUACACCCUGAUUAGCCUGAUAUAAUGCUGUAAUCUACACCCUGAUUAGCCUGAUAUAAUGCUGUAAUCUACACCCCAAUUAGCCUGAUAUAAUGCUGUAAUCCACACCCUGAUUAGCCUGAUAUAAUGCUGUAAUCUACACCCUGAUAUAAUGCUGUAAUCUACACCCUGAUUAGCCUGAUAUAAUGCUGUAAUCUACACCCUGAUUAGCCUGAUAUAAUGCUGUAAUCUACACCCUGAUUAGCCUGAUAUAAUGCUGUAAUC